AGCAAACGUUUCAGUCACACGCUGUAGAUGAGUUGACCAGAGGAGGAUGGGUUUCCCCCUUGAGCCUGGUUCCUUUCCAGGUUUCUUCCCAUCAGCCACAGGGAGUUUUUCCUUGCCACAGUUGCUUUAGGUUUGCUCCUGAGGGAGUUUACGCCUGGGUCUGUACUCUGGUUGCUACUGUGGCAUACUGUAGUACUGAAGCAUAUUGUGACAAUUGUUUAUGAAAUUUGCUAUAUAAAUACAUUUUGAUUGAUUAUUGAGCUGUUCUAAAGCCCAGCUCUCUCCAUUAGCUUGAUAAGUGAUGAUACUAUGAUACUACAACGAGUAAUAGAUUGUGGACUCAAACUCUGGAUUUGUGUUUCAAUGAUGUUUGUAAGGGAGGGUGUAUGCUUGUGAUUAGCUGGAGAAUGAGAUUCCCUUUGGAUUAACACACAUGAGAGAACUGACAGAACCUGAGGAACAGGGCUAGUGUAGAACUGCUGGCAGAUCAGCCAAUCAGACCUCAGUGGUAUAAUGCUGAGCCUGCAAGAAGUGCUGUUUGAUUAUCAGGUGUGUCUAACAGGAAGAGCAAAGUACAGUUUCUCACAGGUAAAGCUUUAGUUACAUCGUGGACCUUUUAAAAAGAUUCUAAUGUAUGUUUUCCAGAAUUUAAUGAAUUUCAGAAAAAAAUGUAUUGGAGGGAAAAACAAUGCGAGACUGAGAAGAAGAACAGAGAUUUGAGAGGAGGUUAAAGAGGCUUUUUUACCUGCCGUUUGAGUAACAGCAGUGAGUGAAACUGAAACUUAAGCUACUGGAUUUAGCAGGAAUCAUUACUGAGCUCAGAACAGACUGAGACAGAAUGGCGUCUGGAUCUUCUCUCCUGGAAGAGGAGCUCUCCUGUCCUGUGUGCACUGAAAUCUUCAGGGAUCCUGUUGUCCUGAGUUGCAGUCACAGCUUCUGUAAGGCCUGUCUGCAGCAGUACUGGGAACAGAAGGGAUCUCGGGAGUGCCCAGUGUGCAGGAGAAGAUCUUCUAAGGAUCGGCCUCCCCUUAGCCUGUCUCUGAGGAAUGCCUGUGAGGCGUUCUUACAGGAGAGAAGUCAGAGAGAAAAAGCUAAAUCUGAACUCUGCAGACUGCACAGUGAGAAACUCAAACUCUUCUGUUUGGAUGAUGAUGACCCCAUUUGUGUUGACUGUUUAAGAGAAAAACACAGAAAUCACAACUUCUGUCCAAUAGAGGAGGCUGCUCUGAAAUAUAAGGAGAAACUCAGGACUGCACUGGCUCCACUGCAGGAGAAGCUAAAAGCCUUUAAUGCAGUGAAACUAAUCUGUGAUCAAACAGCAGAGCACAUCAAGAGCCAGGCCCAGCACACAGAGAGACAGAUAAAGAUGGAGUUUGAGAAACUUCAGCAGUUCCUAAAAGAUGAAGAGGCAGCUAGGAUCGCUGCACUGAGGGAGGAAGAGGAGCGGAAGAGUCAGCUGAUGAUGGAGAAGAUUGAGAAGAUGACAGAAGAGAUAUCAACCCUUUCAGAACAAGUCAGAGCCAUAGAACAGGAGCUGGGAGCUGAAGACAUCUCAUUCCUGCAGGUAAGUCAUGUAGCCCGGUGCACACUGGGGGAUCCAGAGAAGGUCUCAGGAGCGCUGAUUGAUGUGGCCAAGCACCUGGGCAAUCUGAAGUACAAAGUGUGGGAGAAGAUGCUGGGGACUGUUCAAUACACUCCUGUGACUCUGGACCCAAACACAGCACAUCCCAAACUCCCACUGUCUGAGGAUCUGACCAGUGUGAAACUCAGUGGUGAGAGACAGCAGGUUCCUGAUAAUCCAGAGAGAUUUGAUGUGUGGCGGUGUGUGCUGGGCUCUGAGGGAUUCAGCUCCGGGAGACACUGCUGGGAUGUAGAAGUGGGGGGUGAGGCCUGGGCGGUGGGUGUGGCUAAAGAGUCCUUCAGCAGGAAAGGGUCUGUGUAUCCAAGCCCAGCAGGAGGAGUGUGGGGUAUAGGGCUGCGCAGUGGGAUAUACAGAGCCCUGACCUCCCCACGUACAGCCCUCGCUGUGCAGAGGGAACUCCAGAGGGUCAGAGUGCAGCUGGACUGGGACAGGGGGGAGGUGUCAUUCUCUGACCCCAGUGACAACACUCCUCUCUACACUUUUAAACACUCCUUCACUGAGAGAGUGUUUCCAUUCUUCAAUCCUGGUUCUCUGCAGAUCUGUCCACUGAAGGUGUCUGUAAGAGUGGAAUAGUGCUGUGGUUUGUGUGCAAGGAUCAGUUGAACAGGCUGCUUCUUUCACUUAGAUAUUUUUUUCUCAUUAAUCAAUUACGAUGUUUUCUUUAAUUAUUUAAAAAUAUAGAUCCAUGUCUGCAGCAGUUCAUGAUGAAUGUCCCUCUGUAACCUCAUGAUGUCAAUGUUGGAACUGGUUUGUGUGUAAUCAGUUGAGGUGUAAUAAAUGCACCAGUGGAAUCACUCCAGAGUGCUGCUCUUUUCCUGAC